CGUCGUCGUCGGAGUGAGAAAGGAGAGAAAGAGGAGAGGAGGUCGGGACGUCGAUUGCAGCGGCAGGGGAAGAAGAGAGGGAGAAGUAGGUGGGAGAAGGGGAGGUGGUGGUGGGUGCAGUAGUGAGGAGGACAGGGCUGUGGUGUCUUCUGUUAGCCCCCCCCCUCUAUUAGAUCUCAAGUAAUCUGAUCUUCUUGCUAAGAUGGGUGUACCGAUGUUUGCCUGGCAGCGGCUUACCAUCGAAGAUGUCGUUCAGAGACCGAUUGAUGAGAUAGCGGAGAAACUCGGCGCGCAGUCGCCAUCUGAGGAGCAGGAUUUGAAAUUGGAGUUGCGCGAUAUGCUUUUGAUGGGAUCGGAAGCCGGGCGGAUGCGGUUAGGGGACCUGCAGCUGAUGCUGCUGAAGAACCAUCGGGAUACCGACGAGGAGAAGCUGUCGCGCUCCUGCCGCACGCAGCUCGAGAUCCUCGUCGCGGUUCGGACCGGGGUCGCUGCGUACGUUCACCCGCAGUUCUGGAUCGCGACCCAUUUCCUGUCGGAGAUUUUCCGACAGGUCAGGUGCUGCAAUCUGACGUGUAUGACGGCGAUCCCGGCCGAUCGGUGCAAUUGCGAUCCCUGCAGAAAUCCGGGGUUCUGUAAUAGGUGCAUGUGCGUGAUGUGCGGGCGGUUCGGUCUGGAUCACGACACGUGUCAUUGGAUUUCGUGCGGGAUUUGCUAUCACUUCUGCCAUACGGAGUGCGCUGUGGCCAAGGGAGCUCUCUCCUACAGCGUUGUGAAGGAGAGGGAGCUGCUGUACACGUGCGUGUCGUGCAAGCAAACGAGCGGCUUCGAUUGUCCGUCGAUCGAGAUCCUCGACGGCGAGGAUGAAUUCAUAGAGGAGGUACUCGACGAGGAGGAUGAGGAUAUGAUUGAUGAGGACGAUGUAGUAUUAGAUAGCAGCAGCAGUGAUGAUGGCGACGAGGACGUCGUUACUGCCAAGAUCGACUGAAAGUUUGCCUCUCUCUCUCUUUCUCUCUCUCUGUGUCUGUUCGUUGUUGUUGUCUCAUCAGCAGCAAGUCGAUUGACCCAAUGGAUCAUCCUCCCCUAACUCCUGUCUAUCAAUUGAUUGACAGAUUUUGACUGAUUGAUUGACUGAUUGAUUGAUUGAUUGAUUGAUUGAUUGAUUGAUGGAUGGAGCGAUAGAGGGAGGGACGGGGAAAAUGGGUCUGAUGCGCGCGAGCAAUCGCUUGCCUGAUCGAUUUUGACGACUAAUUGGACUGAAGAUCAUUCGUCGAUCAAUUCGUUAAUUGGUUUGAUCAAUUGAUUGAUUGGUUGAUUGAUUGAUUGAUUUAUUGAUUGAUUGAGUGGGUUAGUCGCGAUGGGUUGAUUGCUUGAUUAAUUCUAUCGAGCAAUUGAUCGGGUGAAUCACGUCGCACGCGAGAGGGGAUGAGGCCGUUGGAUGUAUGAUGAUGAUGAAUACAUGAAUCUUGUGCCAAAUGAAUGGCGCGAUGCGGCGGGGUAAUGAAGCGCUUAAAGCCGC